AUGGUCAGCAAAGCAUCAGCAAAGAAAAAGGCCAGCACCGCCUCCAAGACGCCAGCAACCCAGUCCUCAACGACCAAACAUGCCACUCACUCCCACGGUGAUCAGCAGACCCUGCUGAACAUCUUCUCAGACGCCUUUGCAAACGUCCUCUCGUCAGAACAAUUCCCCACGCUACUGCAGGAGAUUAAGCAGGCGUUGUUUAAUCGAGACUUUGGAGGGGCUUUCGGCAAGGAGGAGUAUCUGGAGGCGUAUGCGGCGAGAUGGUCACCCACGAGAGCGUUAUGCUAUGCUUCUGUAUUCUGUGGUGUACGCGAGUACAUCGAUGAACUGGUGUCAAAGUCGACACAUGGCAAUGACGAUGAAUCCGAAACCGCAGACUCGUCCAGCAGCAAAGAUGUAGCAUCCAACGACGGAGUCAAGAUGCUCUGUAUGGGAGGCUGUGCCGCCGAGCACGUUGCCUUCGCAUCAUAUCUCCAACAAACAAAACACUCCGGCUCCCUCAGACUCCUCGAUUCCGCGCCCUGGAAACACGUAACGUCCCUCCUGCAAAACCAGCUAACGACUGCUCCUCCACUAUCAAAAUACGCAUCCGCAGCUGCCAAGGCGUCCAACAGCUGUCUGGUUGAACCUUCUCAGCUGCGCGUCACGUUUACACAAGCCAAUGUUUUGGAUUUGGACGGUGACGGUCUCUCAGAACAAGUGGGAUUGGAGCCGGUGCUGGUGACGCUCAUGUUCACGCUGAAUGAGCUGUACACGGAGGGAGGAAUCGGUAGGACGACCAAGUUUCUGAGGAAUUUGGGGCUGGUUCUUCCGACGGGGAGUCUGUUACUGGUUGUUGAUAGCCCGGGGAGUUAUUCGGAGGCAGCGGUUGGGAAGGAGAAGAAACGGUAUCCUAUGCAGUGGUUGCUGAACCAUACGUUGAUGGAGAGCGAAACUCCGGGAUAUACGUGGGAGAGAUUGGAGUCUGAAGACUCGGUGUGGUUUCGAUUGCCGGAGGGUCUUACGUAUCCUAUUCAGUUGGAGAAUAUGCGGUAUCAGAUGCAUCUGUAUAGGAUCCAUAAGCUAACAUGA